GGCGAUGAUUGACGACGAAGGAGCAGCCGACACAUAUUGGCAGCGACACGCGUACUUGAAGGAUGCGCACAGCCAAGCCGCACACUUUGUGCGGCAUUCGUUCCAGAAAGCCCUCCGACGAUGGACCAAGUCGCAGCGAGAACGACAGAAGCUUGAAUCCUUAUUGCAGUAUGUGGAUUAUUGCACGGAUGUCCUCGAUGAGUCGAGAGAGGCCGCCGGGACUGCUUCGCGAUCUUGUCAAGACCUUGACCGCGUUGAAAAGUACGUGGCCAAGAUCAUCGCCCCUUAUGUGUCGAAGCACGUCCGUGAGCACAUUGAUUUCGUUCCUCCUUUGGUUUCCCCCGAUCCGAACCCAAUGUUGGCGCGAUCGACGUCGUCCAUCUCGGUGCAUUCCGAUGACAUGCCGUCCAUCAUCGACAGCGACAUCUCGUCAUCGGCCGGGAUCCCCAUUUACAAUGCGCUAUCGAUGCCGCACCCGAUUGUACUCGAUGGUGACCACGAGGUCGAAUUUCUUUCAUCGGGCCUUGCAACCUCUGCCCCGAUCCAGUUGCUAAGUAACGGCGUGCGCACCGAGCAACGCGCGCCACCACUUGCUGCCGCUAUAGUCGACAGUGUCGAGACGUACUGGAACGAGCACGACCGCUUGAGAGCUGCGCAUUACUCGUCGCUUCAAGCCGUCCAACAAAAGUUUGAACAGUUCAGCCAACAGACUCCUCACUUGACGGCUUGGCAAGGUGUCAAAGUCGAGUACAUGCUGCGGCAUAUCAAGAACUGCGUGGAUUUUUUGGAUGAAGCCAAGGAAACGCACCCCGUUCGACCACGCCACGAAGUUGAUUUGGUGCUGGCGUCGAUGAAUCAGCUCAUUUUACCCUACUUGGACGCGCCGACUCCGGAGAGUGAGUUCGCGGUGGAGCACGCAGCUCUCAAGGAAGCGUACUUGCAUGACUUGGAGGCCACAAAUGAAGCAUUCAAGCUGUACAUUCAAAGCAACAACGCGUGGGCCGCACAGAUUCGAGCGAUUCAACCGCAUGUGCAGUGGGCAUGCCAAGUGCUGACCGAUAGCCAUGCCACCUCGACGUACACGCUGACGGAUUUACAAGCUGUGCACGACUGCGUGGGGCGGUACGUGGUGCCGUACAAGAUCAAGAUCGAUCGAGCGGCGGCAGCCUUGGGGACACGACCGUUUGUCCUCGACAACUGACGCAAACGUGCGGAGGAGAUUGCACUCAUGUGAACGAUUCGCCACAAUUGAAGCGAUGGAAUGCAUUCGAAUCUGAAGCACGUUGUGGCAGUCCCAGGUAGCUGGAGAAUCGAUGAUACGGGCGAGAGUGCGGCGUCUCCACAAUGUGGAUGGCACUUUUUCGAUGGCACUUGUUCGAGUGCCUCCACGCCCCCGUGCGUCAUGUCGUGGUGGUGGUGCGCCAGUGCUCCGAAUCCCCCGGUCAAAGUUCUGAUGGAUGUCUCAAAUCGACUGGACCAAGGCCAAGCAGGAGGUUGAAAGUCGACCCUUUUGACCUUGUCAUCGUGCCCGCUAGUCACGGGCAGCGACUCCUAUGCCCCAGGGCACAAAGCAACACCAAGAUCGCGGAUACGUCGUGAUGGCGUAUGCACCAAGCGUGCCGUGGCAAUUGCUGCCAUCGCGGUGGCUCGACUUCGCCACGGCCGGAUCGUCAGGGGCGCGUUACCUGGUGAGUUUCUAUCGCAUGACCCCGUCAGUGUCGGUCGGUCGCCUCCUCGUCGUGCUGCGAUGACUCGCGUUGGUAUCUAUGCCACGUCCGACGGAAAUCGUGCUGGCGCGCCGCAGCAAGAUUCAUGGACCCAACGUCCGUCGUCCUGAAUCGCUUCGUCUUGGUGCAAUGGAAGCUCCACAUCCACGUCAUUGCCAUUGAGCUAUGGCGAAAGAUACACUCCAGGGUGCCGUCGAUGCCCCCCCAUCUCAAAACGACAUUGCGAUGGCCGACAUACGACGACACUAGUGGCCAUUCCAUGGACCAACAAAUUCAAUCGUGAAGGAUCAGUGAGGAAUCCGAGGUGGUGGGAAAGAAUGACACCCCUGAAAAGGCCAAGCGAGCGGGAACCGUUGCGUCCCGCCCUUGGAGCGUUCGAGACAGACAACUCCGUUGCCAGCUUCGCUUGUUCUUCCACAGCGCUCCUGACCUCGUUCGGAGCUGCUGCCAGCUCUGUGCGCGACUUCUCAACUAAAUUGGCUUCAGUCGCAACCACGUGUCGACCGCUUGACCUCGUGCUGCUCGCCAAGAAUUUGAGUGCAUGACUGGAUGGCUGUUGUUUAGAGUGGAUCGGCACGCCGGCCCUGUCGCUGGACUGCUGCUUUGUCCACAUGCCACUCUAAGUUUAGCCAUGCCAUCAUGGCCGCUUUGAAGGCACAGCAGCUUGUCUCGUCUACUCCCGACGGUGGCAAGUUCAACUCGAGCCAAGUCGUUUGCGAUUCAUACAUAUUUACCUACAGAGAAUCCAACCAUCUAAGCGGACUAGGAUGGCACACACUGGCUGA